AUGAAACAGCUGGUCAACACUUGAUUCGUACAACAACAAUCUCGUAUCGCAAGGAGUUCAUGCUUUGAAAAAGGCAAAACUAAUGGCUCAUCAGUUACGGAAACUAUACCCAGAAAUCAGAAGCGAUUCAAUAGAAAGAUAAAACUUGAAGAAACAAACGAAAAACUACCGAAAUGUAGAAUAUGGUGUGAAGCUGACACGAAAGCUUUUAUUUCAAUUUCGAGUGACUAG